AUGGCGGCAUUACCUGUUCAAAGACUGAUCCCGUUCAGACGCCCGUUCACGUUUGUUGGUGUCGACUACCUUGGGCCGGUAGAAGUUUCCGUAGGACGUCGCAGAGAGAAGCGAUGGAUAGUCGUGUUCACCUGCAUGGUGAUAAGAGCAGUUCACUUGGAAGUUGCACACAGCCUUUCUGCUCAGUCGUGCCUCAUGUUAAUUCGGCGGUUUAUCAGUCGUCGAGGCCCAGCUACGGAGUAUUUUUCCGACAACGGAACCAAUUUUCGAGGCGCCAGCAGGGAAAUGUUACAACAAAUUCGAUCGAUAGACCAUCUUUGUGCUCACGAAUUCACAAAUGCUAUAACCAGUUGGCAUUUCAAUCCUCCGGCCACCCCUCACAUGGGCGGGGUGUGGGAGAGGAUGGUCCGGUCCGUCAAAAGUGUUAUGGCAGCUUUGGACGACGGCCGUAAACACAACGAUGAAAUUCUGCUCACCACUCUCGCUGAAACCGAAGAUAUAAUAAACAGCCGCCCCCUCACUGAUGUGUCUUCUGACUCAGAAUGCGAAGCUCUGAGUCCAAACACUUUUUUGAGAGGUUCAAACCCGAACGAACCACAGGAAGUUGUACACCCAACCAACCAAGCCGAAGCUCUUCGAGACUCUUCAAACGAUCCCAGCAACUUGCAGAUGAACAAUGGAAGAGGUGGAUUAAGGAAUACGUUCCGACUGGAGGGUGAUUUAGUUUAUGUGGUGGAAGGAUCAAAGCGUAAGGCCUGGGUUCGAGGAGUAGUGGAACAGCUGAUAGUAUCCAAGGAUGGUCGUAUUCGUCAGGUCUUCAAACAAGGAGUCGCUAACUUAGCGGUGCUGGAAAUUGAGGUAACUCUGGUUCCGAAUUAUAAUCCGGGACUGGUGGACGUAACGCCUAACGCCCUGGCGAGAAUGACCAGCAACGAUGAACUGUCAAACAUCCAUUAUCAUAAAAACCGAACGGAACCGCCACUGACCGAUCCCUUACUGGCGUACGACGUAAGCGCCACUCCGUUAGGAGAUCGUACGCCACGGUUUAAUAUGCCCGGUGAGACUCCGCUGAGGGCGAGUCCAUAA